UGGAGCUUAUAGCUAUGUUUGACCAUUUUUUAGUUUCGAGAUUCUGGCACGUCACUCGGUACCAGGGAUGAAAGAAUUGCCGAAGGAGCACUAAAGGGGGCGUCGUAAAGUGCAUCGCUCCUGGCCACAAGAUGGACUCGGCGAGGAGUUGGGUUGUUGCAGCGUCGUGUGCCUGGAUCAUGCUCUUCAACUUCGUCAUUAUUCGCUCGGCGGCUGUCUUCUACAUCGUCAUCCUGCAGUCCUUUCAUGCCACCAGAGAAGAAGCAUCCUGGCCGAUCACAAUAUCCACUGCCCUCUUUAACGUAGCCGCGCCAGUGGCAGGCAUCCUGGCGAGACACGUGGCGCUAUGGAAGUUGAUCAUGGCAGCGUGUGCAACGAGUGGUCUGGCUGUCUCGGCUUGCUACUUUGCGGAGAGCGUCGCCCACAUAACCAUUUUGUUAGGAGCUGUGCACGGUUGCAGCCUCGCCUUCGUCAUCCUGUGCUACACAGUCAUCAAUGAGCACUUCGAUCGCUACAAAGCGGUUGCUUCGGGGAUCGGCAACGCCGGAAUCACAGUUGGGGGCCUCAUCUUUCCUCCUCUAGCUCAGUUCCUCUUCGACGAGUACGGUACCAGAAGUGGCUUACUGCUCUGUGGAGCGAUUAUGCUGAACGGCGUUGUGGGAGCCUUCUUUCUGCGCGCACUUACGAAAAAACAACAAGAGCGUCCUCGUGGUCUUAAAAAAACAGUGUCAGACGACAAGACCCUAGACGCUCCAGACUCGGAUGCAUCAGCUGUCCCUAAUGGCUCGAGUCCCGGAUGGAAAUCCUUGCGCAACUCUAUCAAGCGAUUGCCUUCCAAGUUCCCAGAGAGGCAGAACAGCAUCCUCAGCGUAAGAACAAAGUCUGAUGAAAUGUUUCUACAACUACGAGACUCUAGUCUGCCGGUCGACCUUGGUAACUCGGUAUCUGUGCUGCAAGCUCCGCCGAGCACUCCGAAGAGUAAUAAAUAUGUAUUGGGAAGAGAUCGCCGGAAGGAACGAACGGCGUCAGGUCAAGUGGAGGUGAUCGAGCUACGAAGCCCCAGAAAAGAUGCGAACCAGCCACCACCCGUCGUGCACAUAAGCAGUGGCGACGUUCGCAAGACAGCUUUCGGAUGUGGAAUAUGUUCACUUCUGUCAUUCAUGGCCUUCCCCAAGUUCUACCUACUCGGAUUAUCCCUCGCGUUAAUCUACCUCAACAUGACCACAUAUGUGACGGUCAUCAUAGACCUCGCGAUGGACAGGAACAUCGCCAAGUGGAACGCCAUCUACCUGGUGGGACUUUACACUUCCGCAGACCUUCUGGCAAGGUUGGUGUCAGGUAUCAUCACGGACAAGCAAAUAGUGACCAGGAGUACAAUGAUGGCGGCCAACUUCAUGUUCUGGGGUGUGUCCUUGUGCCUCGUUCCCCUGUGCCACUCGUACCGCAUACAAGUGCUGCUGGCCAUAACGUCGGGAUGGUCAAACGGUGCCGUUUUCGUCCUGGCGUCCGUGGUGUGCAUGGACGUUGCUGGUGCCGACCAAUUCAGCAUGUGCUAUGGCAUGGCGUGCUUCGUGGCUGGACUUCCAUUGCUGGCAAGGCCCGCGAUUGUGGGCUAUUACAGAGACGGCUUGGGAGACUACCAGGGUCUCUUCGUUCUCCAGGGAUUGCUGACAGUGUCAGUCGCCUUCCUCUGGCUGGGAGUUUCGUUGCAAGAAAAAUGCAAACACAAUGCGAGAGUAGCCAUUCCCGUGGCGGAAACCUGCCAACAUUUGUCCACGGAGCGGUUGUAAAAUAAAAUUGCCUCUACUUUUCGGUUA